CUCUCUUGGAGCACCAUUCUCUCUUCUCUCCUUCUCCCAUUCACUACCCUUCACUCUCUCUCUUUCUCUCUCUCUCUCACUUCUUAGCCACCCUCUCUCUGCGACUCUCCUCCUCAGAGACUCACAAAACCAUUUCCUUUCUGUCUCUUAUUCUCUCUUGCUUAGAUCUAUCUCGCCCUUUCUCUAUUUUUCCUUCAUUGUCACAAGUUUCCCCCUUGUAUUCCAUUGGUGGAGCAGUGAGACAUGAGUAAAGAAGAAUUCUUGAAGAUACAGAAAUGUGUUCUUAAAGUGAACAUACACUGUGACGGUUGCAAGCACAAAGUGAAGAAAAUCUUGCAGAAAAUUGACGGGGUGUUCACGACGGAGAUAGAUGCGGAUCAAGGGAAGGUGACGGUUUCAGGGAAUGUGGACCCCAACGUUCUCAUCAAGAAGCUUCAAAAAUCAGGGAAACAUGCACAGCUAUGGGGUGGUGCACCCAAACCCAACAACAAUAAUAACCAGAACAACCUUGCCAACCAGUUUAAGAACAUGCAAAUUGACAAAGGUGGGGGAAACCACCACCACAACAACAAAGGUCAAAAUCAGAAGGGUGUAAAUAACCAACCCAAGGGCGGUCAACAAGGACCGAAUCCUCAGCAACAGCUGCAGCUCCAACAGCAGCAAAGGCUUCAACAGCAGCUUCAGCAACUUCAGCAGAUGAAAGGGUUGCAAGAUCUGAACCUGCCUCAAUUCAAGGACCUGAAGGUACCCACUCAGAACCCCAAUGCCAAAGCCGUUAAGUUUGAUAUGCCCGAGGAUGAUGACGACUUCACUGACGACGAUUUGGACGACUUUGAGGAUGAUGAUGAAGACUUUGACGACGAGUUGGAUGAUGAAAUGGAGGAACUUGCUCCGAAUAAAAUGAAACAACCCCCCACUGGGAAUGGCGCACAAAUGAUGCUGAAUGCUAUGAUGAAUGCUCAGAAGGGUGGCAAUAAUGGCGGUGGAGGAAACGGAAAGAAACCCGGUGGACCUAUUCCCGUUCAAGUGCAUGGCAUGGUUGGUGGAAAUGGAGGAAAGAAUGGUGGAGGUGUUGGAAUUAAUCAGAAUCAUGGUGGAGGUAACAAAAAUAAAAAUGGAAGUGGCAUACCAGAGGUUAAAAAUGGUGCAGGAGGAGGAGGAAACAAAAACGGUAACAAUGGAGGGAACAACAACAACAAUGGGGGUAAAAAAUGUGUCCCAAUGGAUGGGGGUGGUGUGAAAGCUAUGAUGAUGAACAAUGGAUUCCAAAACAUGGGUGGUCCCCAUGUGAUGUCUGGGGGAAAUGUGGGCCCCAUGCCUAACAUAAAUCAAAUGGGAAUGUCUAACGUCCCCGCGGUUCAAGGCCUCCCGGCUGCCUCUGUGAAUGGUGGUGGCGGUGGUGGGUACUUCCAAGGUGCAGGACAGGAUGCGAUGCCUGGAAACCCUUACCACCAACAACAGCAGCAACAACAGUACAUGGCAGCUAUGAUGAACCAACAACGCGCCAUGGCAAAUGAUAGAUUCCAGCCAAUGAUGUACGCCCGCCCACCCCCUGCUGUCAAUUAUAUGUAUCCUCCUUACCCCUAUCCUCCUCCAGAUCCAUACACCCACUUUUUCAGUGACGAAAAUACUUCAAGCUGCAAUGUUAUGUGAACAAACCUGCAAAUGGAUGCUGCCGUCACUGUUGCAAAUCAGUUCUUAAUUGUAGUAUGCUUUUCAAUUUUUCUUCCCAUCCUAAGUUAAAUUCACCAUAGGGACUAGUUUAUAGAUUUUAUAAUAUAUUAUUAUCAUAAGUUUUUGGGUAGUAUUAUUAUGAUAAUGUCUAUAUGUUGGA